AUGGACGUGCACGGUGGCGACGCGUAUCCAAAGCAAUGGUGGGCAAUGGGAAUGGCCGGAUUAUUAAUAGGCCGAACAUUAAUUAACUAUAAUCAGUCAAUCAUCAACACCUUGUUCCCCCCUCCUGGAAGAUACAUUAUCAAGACAAUCGCAGGAUUCGGAUUCAUGCUUCAAAUGUUCAUAUCAGGAGUCAUGAUUGACAUGAGCGCGAUUAGGAAAAGCGGGCCUAAAUCGAUACUAAUAGCAUUUUCAGGCGUAGUAAUAUCCAUCAUCUUCGGGUCCGUGGCCUUUAUAUUGAUUCGACAAGUGGUUGAACUUGAUGAGACCCUAUUCACAGGCAUUCGAGUCUUAAUCCUCUUCAAUUCACUAACAUACUUCAUGGUAACAAGUUACUACCUUCAUGACCUUAAGAUCAUCAACUCCGAGGUGGGCCGAAUAGCCUGUUCCUCGUCGUUGGUGAUCGAUAUAUUUGGACUCUUAACCACCACAUUUGGGCUCAUUUGGUUGAGCCCAAAUCCUGAUGCACCCCCUAAAUGGCUAUCGGCAGCGAGCUUGGCCUUCUACUAUUUCGUGUUGUUCGGCGUCUUUCGCCCUAUGGUGAUGUGCAUUGUAAGGAGAACUCCUGAAGGGUGUGACAUGAAACAAACUCAUUUCUUGCUAAUAUUAGGGAUUGUAAUGUUUACUUGGCAUUGGGGUGAAAGAGUGGGCCAAAGAUUCUCAGCCUUCUUGUUUGGGCUUUCGUUGCCUCAUGGGCCCCCAUUGGGCUCUGCAUUGGUCCAGAAGUUACAGCUUUUUACUUCAGGAGUACUGCUUCCUCUCUUCUGUACCAUGGCUGGUUGGAGGAUUAAUUUGAUGUCAUGGAAAGGAACUUCCUCGUUUUGGGCCGUCGAGAUCAUAUUCAUUGUUAGUCAGCUUGGCAAGUUCUUAGGUACCGCCUUUUCGUGUAUGCUUGUUGGUGUGUCAAUUGAAGAUGCUGUGCCUUUGGGUUUUAUCAUGACUUUCAAAGGUAUCAUGGAGGUUGCCACUUUCGGUGUUUGGAUCGAUCAAGCGAUUAUGGAUGAUCGAUUGUUUGCAUUGGCGAUGAUAAACGUCAUGAUCUUCACCGGAGUGGCGUAUCCACUAGUACAAUGGUUGUAUGACCCUUCACAUAAGUACAACAUCGUGAGGAAAAGAAAGGUUAUGGGACUAAGCGAUCAUGGGGAUCUACAAGUGUUAGUGUGCAUCCAUAACGAAGAAAACAUCUCCGCGAUUUUUAACUUCCUAGAGGUGUCCAAGUGUGAGAAAGUGGGUGCAUCAAUAUCGGUUUUUGCACUCCAACUAAUAAACCUUGCCGGAAGUGCUAUGCCCGUCUUAGCACCACUUCAUGAGUACAAGAAGACGGCGAGCACUUUUAGUCUCUAUGAUCACACAAUUAAGGCCUUUGAACAAUUCGAGGAAGAAAGCCAAGGUUACGCGAGGGUGCAACAAUUUGUGUCCGUCACACCUUAUAAGAGUAUGCACAACGACAUAUGUGCACUCGCACAUGACAAGAGAACAAACCUAAUCGUCGUCCCAUUUCAUAAAAAAUGGGGUAUCGAUGGUAAUGUAGAGACCUACAAUCAACAAAUAAGGAGUAUAAAUCGAAGUGUGCUUCGAAAAUCCCCUUGCUCCGUUGCCAUCCUAAUCGAUAGAGAAAUAGUUGACCAAGCUGGAGGAAGCCUCUAUCGAAUAUCAAAAUUUGGACACCAAACUUACCAAAUAGUGAUGAUCUUCAUAGGAGGGACCGACGAUCACGAGGCCUUAGCAUUAACUAGGCGUAUGGCUGAGCAUCCGAGUGUUUGGCUAACCGUGAUUUGGUUAAGAGUAAACGAUUACAAGCCCCAAUUACAAGAGUAUCAAGAAGAUAUAAGAGUAAUGAGGGAGUUUCAUAUAAAAGCCAAAGGGCAUGAAAGAAUUAGUGUUAGAGAAAAAUUUGUCGACGAUGGAAUAGGGACAACCAAAGCACUCCUCUCGGUACAAAAUGUCGCGGAUUUGUUCGUGUUAGGAAGAUACCAUGAAGCAAAUUGUCCUGCCAUCCAAGGCCUCGAUGCUUGGAGCGAAAGCCCCGAAAUUGGAGCUUUAGCUGAUACCUUAGUUUCUUCGGAUUCUAGAUACUCUAUCUUGGUUGUGCAACAACAACCGCGAGUUGAUUGGAAGAUGAACUCUUCCAAUAAAAGCAGGGAUGAUGAAUCAUACAUCAGUGUUAGCGUUGCAAAUUCUCCUAAGAGCACAAGCAGAUCACGCUUGAGUUUAAGCAAGUAG